AUAUAUAUAUAUAUAUAUAUAUAUAUAUAUAUAUAUAUAUAUAUAUAUAUGUAUAUAUACAUAUGUUGUGGAACAGUGAGAAGCUCGUGUCCGUCUUUCUUCAAGCUCAUUAAAUAAUUUGACACGCGACAACAACAACAACAUCAUCAACAAUGAAUAUUAAUGAUCCCAAACAUCACAAAUGCAACUUCAGACUGGUGCUGUAACUAUUUACCUCAAAUAUCCAUCGAGUCAAAACAGCAAAUCAAACUGAGCAACUAUUGAGUCUAAGAUGUGAGAUUAACAAAUAACAACAACAUGAGUUUCUUAAUUCGUGUGUGUCUUAUGUCUUCUUAUGUUGUCAGCGAAUUCUGUUCGUAGUGUCGUUUGGUUUUGUGUCUUUUUUAUCAAACUAUCAUCAUUUUCCAUCAUGGAGAUGAUUAUUCAUUUCAUGAUCCUCACUGUCGUGUUGUCUCAGAUACACUGUCACACUUUAAAGGGGCAGCAAGCGAUUCUUUUUGGAGAAAGACUGUUUAUUGUAGAUCAUUUUGUUGGACUGCACUGGUCAUUGGAUCACAACACACUGAAAGCCACGAUUACAAUUCAUCUUCUGCACGUCUUUUGCAAAUUGAGCCAAUGACCUGAAGGAUGGUUUCUCGUCACGCGGGCGGCGGAUGAGGAAAGACGACGGAGGAUGUGGCUGUGAAGCUGCAGCGAGGUGCCACCUCCACAUCACCAUGUGCACCAGGGGACGAGCAUCUGUCGCCACGCUGCUCCUGAUGACAUCAUCACUCUGCUGCCGGACGAACCGAGCUCAUGUGGCGACGAGGCCCGACAGCUCUCAGCUGUUUGAUGGACAGGACGUCUCUCUGAGCUGUGAGGACGACGACGCCUCCACUGGCUGGACGCUGAGGAGGAACACGACCACAGAAACCAGGACCGAGUGCGUCGACUGGGGACGACCAGCUGAUUCUUCCUGUUUCAUCAACUACCCCGUCCCAUUGGACAGUGGGGUUUACUGGUGUGAGUCCAGAGAGGGAGGAGCCAGUGACAGCGUCAACAUCACUGUGACCGAUCAACCAGUGAUCCUUCAGAGUCCCGUCCGCCCGGUGGCCGAGGGACAUGACGUCACUCUGCACUGUAAAACAACGACCCCGUCCCACGACCCCACGGCGGAUUUCUACAAAGACGGCGCCCUCGUCAGGGCGGAGCCUACGGGUCACAUGACCAUCCACCACGUGUCCAAGUCCGACCAAGGAUUCUACACGUGUGCGGUCGGAGGCCUGGGACCGUCUCCACCCGCCUGGAUCAGUGUCACAGAGGCACCGCCCGCCACACCUCCUCCAUCACCCUCCGUCAUUUCCGUUGCGUCGGCUGUCGGGGGCCUGGUGCUCCUGGUGCUCCUGGUGCUCCUGGUGCUCCUGGUGCUCCUGGUGGUCCUGGCUCUGCUGGUGGGACGAUGUGUCCGGAGGAAACCUGAGGAAUGUGAUCCCGCUCCAGCGAGACGAACAGCCGACGUCCGUCAGGAACCGAACCUGUCGCCAGCGAGCGACCGAGCUGCCGCGAGAAGAACGGAAGACGUCGUCUACGGACGGAUAUCGAUCAGAGCGAGCGUCAGAAGAGAGCGUCGACCGGAUUCGGAGGUCGUCUACUCCUCGCUGAUGUCCGACCUCUGACCUCUGACCUCUGACCUCUGACGUCCGACCUUCACUUCAUCACGUUUCGUUCGUCCAGACUCCGACAGCUGCAGGCGACUGAGUGUAUUUACAGUAGCUAUAGAUAAUCAAAAUCAAUCCAUCAAUUAAUCAAAGAUGAUCAGUUGUCAUCACCCUUUCUUUUUCAUUCAUUAAUGAUGUUGCCAAUCGUUGAAAUAGAUGGAAAAAUUCAUUUUCAUUUUUGUGUUUUUUAUAUAAAACAAUAUUGGAAUUAUGUAAACAACUACUAAAACGUCCUAAAUGUUUAUUAAAAUAAUGACCUCAGUGAAAGUGUGAAAUAAAAUCUAUAUGUAGUUUU